CAAGCAUAUAAAAUCAACGCGCUUUAUCAAUGUUAUUACAAUCGACAACAAAACAAGUAAAUGCAACAUAAUGCUAAUCCCAUAGCGACAUAGUUUGAAUUUGUAUUUAAACGUCGCUGGCUAGCAUCCAUCAAGCUUAAAAAAUUACAAAAUAUAAAUCAUGAGUGACAGUGACUCGGAUGCAAGUGAGCAGGAUGCGGACAGCCAGGAUUUUCAGCCCUUACUUCUGAACGGUUCGCGAAGAUAUCAGCGUAUUGGACCAACUCAGAAUCUGGAUCUUGGUAAUUUAGAACAGAUAGGCGACGCAGCACCUGAAGAACAACAGGUCAAUAUAGAGCCAACUGCGCAGCGGCGGAGCGUAGAUGUGCUGCCUUUGGAUGAUGAUGAAGAUUCAGAUUCGGAAGCGGCAGAUGAGCCAGAAGCAACUGAUGGGCCUGAAGUGGCUGAUGAGCCAGAAGCGGCUGAUGAGCCAGAAGUGGCUGAUGAUCCAGAAGCGAAUGAGCCAGACGUGGCAGCCGAACCCGAACAGCCUACUCUUGAACAGGAGAUAGUUGCUGUGGUAGAAGCAAAUGCCGAGCAGCCUACAACAUCCCGCAGAGCCGAACAACAAGAAGACGACGUCAUUAAUCUUGACUCUCCGUCGCCGCCAAAGAAACGUAAGCGUCUUUCUAAUGCAGCUAGUAAUGUAGUGGGUACACCAGUAGCCAAGGCAUCAUCGAAUGAAGACGACGAGGAUGACGGCAUGACGUGCCCCAUAUGCCUGGAGUCAUGGGAAAUGAGCGGUGAGCAUCGCUUGGUAUCUUUGCGCUGCGGUCAUCUCUUUGGUGAAUCCUGCAUACGACGAUGGCUGAUCGAGAGCCAACGACAGUCGGCAGUUAAAGUGUGUCCACAAUGCAAGACAAAGGCUGCCAAUCGAGACAUACGCUGCCUCUAUGCGAAGCGAGUGCGGGCCAUCGACCGCACGGAGGAGCACGACAUGCGCAGGGAGCUGGAAGCGGAGCGACGACGUAGUCAAGCGCUUACGACGGAGCUAGCCACAGUUAAAAUGUCUCACUCCCUGACAGUCAACAAGAUGAAUGCCCUACAGCUGGAGUACGACAGACUGCGCCAGAUGGUGCGCACCGGUGGCGGCUGCCGUGGAGCUUACAGCGAUGAUUGUGGAAGUACAUUGAAGAGCAUCAGCCAAUUGUCUAGCCAUCGACUCUAUAUGGAGAAAAACUUUGAAAUAACACGAGAGCCCGGCUGCCGAGUGCUGCUCUACUCGGCUGCGCAAUCGACGUUGAUUGCCUCGCAGAAGAGUGCACAGAAUCUGUUUCCGGGCUACGGCGUCCGUUUCAUCGAUCCGCCAAGCUUCAAACCACUUCACUUUCUGCACACCUCGGCGUUGUUAGUCCGAGACAUUGGCUUUAGCGAGAGCCAGCGGUUGCUGACCGUGGCCAGUCGCGAGACCCGCAUCAAGACCUUCGAUGUGCGCACCCGCCUAUGCAGCAACAUGUUCACGGCCAAUGACAAGCCACUCUGGUCUUGUGGAGUGGAUCGCAACGAGCGUGAACAUUUUCUUUAUGCGGGCGACCUUAGGGGUGGGGUCUAUGUAUUCGAUAUGCGCUUCCCGGAGACGAUCCUCAGCGAGUUUCAAUCUGAGGAAAACUUUAGUCCUGUGAUAAACAUAGCUGCCGUGCCCGCUGGCAAGGUGUUCACCAACGGUGGCUUUCUGGUUUGCCAGCUGACCGUAGUGAAAUUUUAUGAGUAUGCUAGUGAUACGGCCGUGCCAACCCGCCUCAAUGUCGAAGGGCCCUUCCUAUCUAUGCAUUAUGAUGUGCUGCAGGACACGGUGCUCUUCUCAGCGCGUUCCAAUGCCAAUUGCCCCCAGUCGCGCUUUAUACUCACCAAACUGGACAAAAUUGAUGGCGUACCAGUGCUGCAAGUAAAGGCAACAAUAUUUGGCUCCACUGCCACGCCCUAUAUGACACGACCCACACAACUGGGCGUGGAGGAUAAUACACUGGUCGUUGGCUACUUGCAGGACAACAAACAGCUAAUGAUGUACGAUGUGCGGAGAGAAGAACGCGUCCAAACCAUGCCGGUGAAUGAGGUUGUCUACGACAUCUGUCCAGUGAACACGUCGGCUGGCUCCUAUUUGGCCGCCCUAACGGAUAACAAAUGUCGCAUCUAUAAGGUCAACAGCAGCAGGAAUUAAAGAAAACACCACCAAUUCCCUGUAGCUGUCGCCAAGGCUGUGACAAUCCAAAGUUUUUAAGCAGAAUUAAUUAGUAGCUAGUUAAAAGUUAAACAAUUAGGAGCUAUAUUUCAUUGUGGUUUUUUAUUUAAACAUUCUCAUGCUUGCUUUUGAGACACAAACUUGAAAUAGAAGUAUAUUCAUUUAA